AUACCCUCACUCCCUCACACCCUCACUCACUCCCUCACACAGGAGGCCGUGGGGUCAGGAGGAACUGCCCACUUUCCACUGCAGCUCAAUGAUGCACCGGGGGGAGGUGGAAUACCAGGAGAGCUUGUUCGUGUGGAGACGUCUUGUCAAGUAAAAGCAGAGAGAGAAAAAAGGUUUCCUCGUAUGAACAAGACGUCAGUGGCUGAAUCUAUGUUGUCGGAUGAGUUGCAGUCCAGGCCUGAGCUCCUGGUCCAGUUUGUCCAGAACACCUUCAUACCCUUGGGAGAAGGACUGGAGGAGCCGGUCUCCAUAGCCCCACAAUCUCUCCCUCUGCCCAGUCGCAGUGCAUUCCGCAACCAAGCACCAGCCUCAGGUGGGAGCCCGGCAUCCAAGCCCUCGGCACCGGCUAGCCAGUUGGUGGUGCAGGAUACCGGGAACGCCGAGCCCAGCGAUGGGACAGGGGAUUACGGAGCUGGGAAUGCCGAGCCCAGUGACGGGACAGGGAACACCGAGGUCAAGGAUGGGGCUGGGAAUGACGAACCCAGGGAUGGGGCUGGGAACGCUGAACACAGGGAUGGGGGUGGGAAUGCCGGAGCUGGGAACGCCGAGCGCAGGGAAGGAGCAGCCCCGCUGUACCUGCGGAUUCAGGAACUGGCUCACGACAGCCUGGUGGCCGCUACCAGAGCCCAGCUGGCAAGGGACGUGGGGGAACCGGGUAACGGGGAACCUCUGCACAGCUGCUGCAGGAAGGAGGGCAAACCUGAGCCAAGUCCUGGCCCUCAGCGCAACGAGAAAACCCUGAGAUGCAGCUACGAGGGCUGCAGCCGGACUUUCCUGUGGCACGCUCACCUCAAAUACCACCUCAAAACACACAGGAACGACCGAUCUUACACCUGCCCAAAGGAAGGGUGCGGGAAGAGUUUUUAUGUGCUGCAGAGGCUGAAGGUCCACAUGAGAACACACAACGGGGAGAAACCUUUCAUCUGCCCUGAGGAUGAGUGUGGAAAGAAAUUCACCACAGCCGGGAAUCUGAAGAACCACAUCCGGAUACAUUCUGGAGAAAAGCCAUUCGUUUGUGAGGCUCGAAACUGCCGACGCUCCUUCACAGAGUACUCCAGUCUCCGCAAGCACAUGGUGGUGCACUCAGGGGAGAAACCUUAUCGGUGUAACAUUUGCGAAAAGACUUUCUCUCAGAGCGGGAGCAGGAACGUACAUCUGCGAAAAUAUCACAAUAUCUUGUUGGCCUUUGGAGACCAGGAGGACGCUCCAGCCAACCUGUUUCCUGAGGCCGGGGCAUUAAGCGAGGCUGUGACAGUAGCUGGUCUUUCAGAGGCUCCAGGGCCUGUAGCAGAACAAGCUAGACUGGAGCUCCAGCCUCUAGUGUUGCCGCCUGGUAUCCUGGGAGCAGAGCAGGAGGUAUUACCGGAGAAUUUGCCCUCGGUCUCCAACACGACAGCUACAGCCUCGGUGGUAGUCGUCCCGCAGCCACAUCACCUCGUCACCAUAUCCACCGCGGGUCACUCGUACGAGGAAGUGGUCACUGUGCUGCUGCAGUGAUCGGAGACGCACUUAUCUCUUCCGUUUGACGCCUCUUCCACCGGAACAACGGAAGACAGAAUAGCCCCACGUGGAACGCUCGACCAGUCAUCUCUCCGCUACCCUCCCUCCCUCCUUUCCUUCCUCCACACCCCAAUCAGAUGUCGGAGAUUCGUCUCGAAGAGGUUUAAUCGAACGAUCAGACCAACCUCCUUAUGGACAAAACAAGCAACGAAUCAGUCUACUCAGCGAUUGAGGUCUUUGUCUCUUUAGCAUCAGGUUUGCUCUCUAUGCAAGAUCUUCGCGUCCAUUGCAGUGUUACAUGAUUUAACUUUUUUUUAGUCAUCCACAAAUCCUGGCACACACACACACAGA